GAAAAUUGAUACUCAUAAAAUAAAAUACACGUCAAAAGGGAAGAAAUUUUUAUUGUUAUUUGAUUAUUUAUGUUUGUUGAAGGAUUACGCAGGAAUUAUUGUAGAAUGAAUUGAAUAUUUGGAAAUAUUUCAGAUUUGUAUAAGUGUAGACUUUCUUAUAAAAUGGGUAUGUUAUUCAGCUAUUUUCGAAGCCUGAUCGGGGCGAGAGAAAUGAGGAUAUUGAUAUUAGGAUUGGAUGGUGCCGGUAAAACAACAAUUUUAUAUAGACUUCAAGUGGGUGAAGUAGUAACCACAAUACCAACAAUAGGUUUUAAUGUCGAACAAGUUACUUAUAAGAAUUUAAAAUUCCAAGUGUGGGAUUUGGGUGGACAAACAAGCAUAAGGCCAUAUUGGAGAUGCUAUUAUAGUAAUACAGAUGCAAUAAUCUAUGUAGUAGAUUCUGCUGAUAAGGAAAGAAUGGGAAUCUCUAAGGAUGAACUCUUCCAUAUGCUUAGAGAAGAAGAACUUGCUGAUGCUGUUCUUGUAGUCCUAGCUAAUAAACAAGAUAUACCUGGUUGUAUGUCACUGAAGGAAGUUCACCAGGCGCUAGGCUUGGAAGCAUUAAAAAACAGAACUUUCCAAAUUUUCAAAACAUCUGCAACAAAGGGAGAAGGUUUGGAUAUGGCAAUGGAAUGGUUAAGCAACACUUUGAAAACUAGGAAAUAACAUUUCAGAAAUUCUAGUCCUGUUUUUAAAAUUCCCUGUAUUCAUUUGUUGAAAGGCCUUAAUGGAUGUACACGUGAAUUCAUCAAUAUUUGUGUAUUGAAUUAAGUUAUUUAAUAUAUUUGUUUUACGUUAUUACUUUUUACUUUGUCAUUCCAUUGCAUUAGAUCAUCUGUGAAAAAUGGAUAUCACAUAUAUCUCUACAUCAAGAUUUUGUACCAUAAAUAAAUUAAUAAAUGUGUA